ACGGUUUAAUAUUAUUACUCAACGAGAUGAAUAGUGGGAGUGUUUCUAUGGGUGUAGCUAUGGAAAAGCUGGUUGGCAAUAACUAUAGUUAUUGGAAGUUAUGCAUGGAAGCUUAUCUACAAGGGCAAGAUUUAUGGGAUUUAAUUGAAGGUGAUGACACAGAAAUUCUAGCCGAUACUCCACAAAAUGCAAAAUUACGUCAACAAUGGAAGAUCAAGUGCGGAAAAGCCUUAUUUACCUUGCGAACUUUGAUUAGCAAGGAGUAUAUUGAUCAUGUUCGUGAUUUAAAGUCACCAAAGCAAGUAUGGGAUACACUUCAAAAGUUGUUCACUAAGAAAAAUAUCGCUCGACUGCAAUUUCUAGAGAAUGAACUAGCUAUGGUAACUCAAGGAAGCCUUGAUUAAGCAAAUGACUAGCAGCAACGAGUUUUCCCCAAAGUUAGAAGGUGUGUUGUAUGUCAAAGAUCAAAGGAGACAGAAUUUUCACUCAAGGCCUUCAUCUAGCAAUGAGAAUCAAUUCAGAAGUGACGAGUCGUCAAAGAAGCCAUUUAAAGCUUGUUACAGGUGUGGAAAACCAGGCCACUUUAAACGAGAUUGUCAGGCGAAAGUGGUGUGUGAUCAUUGCCGAAAGCCAGGCCAUA